UAAUAAUCUGAUCUGGCACAUGGCUAGCAUGAUAAUCAUGUGGGGUUGAUACCCUGCACUCCACCCUAACAGAUCAUCCGCAAUACCAUAACAAAAAUGUUCGGUUUGAAAACAAUAACCCAUGAUGGAUUCAGAUAAAGCGAAUCUUGAUACCCAGAAUGACGUUGAUCUUAUUAUACUGGACUACCUCCUAUGUAUUGGCAUAGACGUUUUAAUCCACGGCAGAAAAACGGACCGAGGCCGUACAGAGAGCUGGGACAACUGGGUUCUUAAUUCAAUACACACAUUUAGAUACAUACUGCCUCCAAGCCACACGCUCCCACAGGAUCUGAUUAUCAAGUUGCAGCUGCUCGACUUCGCGGACAUAUUUCUUCACGAUUACACACAAUUGGUGCCAUAUAGAACACCAGCUGCUGGAGGCUCCUCGUAUGAAGGGUACAUUAAAACACAGGCUGAAGCCCAUACAACGAAUCAUGGCCAGUCGAAGAUAUUUCCAGUAACGUCGCCUGGACCAAGCAAUCCCUGCACAAACACAUACCUGCACAGGAUUAUACCCGAGUUCAUGAAAUUGUGUGUCGCAGCAAAGGAGAAGGUGUCAAUCACGCGAUGGGUUGAUAUCCUAACUCAAUUCAUGAUGCAGGCUGUAGCCGAGGAAUAUCACAGCAAUGGGAGGCAAUUGCCGGAAUUUUUCAACAAAUAUCCAUCCUGGAAGCCAGAAGAUCAGACCCAAGCAUUGGUAUGGGAACAAGCAACUGCUAGUUAUAUGCAGGCACAGAGAGGAAUCUCGUCGGGCGCCAAUUUUAAAGCGACAUUGAAUGAACGGUCGUUGUCUCGACUUGAGAAUGAUGUAACUGGGUUUUUAUCUGAUUUAAUGGAAACAUUAGAUGCCCCGGUCCUUGUUCAACUUGAAAGAGGACAAAUAGGCCAACUCAGCCACGCAGAAACGGAGCAGUUGAAGAGCUAUGUGGGAUUUCGAUGAAUACAUGGGAAUGCGACGAGCUUCCAGGGCACAACCAAGACAUGUUUUGUUUGAAUAUGGAAAGAAGUGAACUGCUCCGACUGCCAUUGGUACUUGAGCUGUUUCAAAACCGCAUAAGCCAAAUUCGAGAUGAUUGCUAUAUUCUUUGCAUAAUAAUAAUCUACAUGUGAAAAUGGAAAGAGACAAAGAGAUAAAUAAUCGAGGAUGUUAGAAACACGAAGUGACGUUGGUAUCCCACAUCCGAGGCUACAAUACAAUUCAAAGGCAAUAUACUUAGCCGAGCAGCAUGCGACGAGGGUCCUCGAUGUACUCCUUGAUCUGUGAGGGGUUAGCAUAACGAGCUAAAGGAUUUUUGUUUAGUAUGCCCACAAACCUUUACAAGGAAGGUGACCGCCUCCCGUCCAUCCAACAAGCGGUGA